AUGGUCGUUGACUCUCGUUACACCAAGGUCACUAAAGAGAAAUCUCGUCUCCGUCUUUUGAUCCUUGUUCAGGCUGUGAUUUAUAUAAUUGGAUUAUCGUGUGCGUUUGUGACAAGGACUAAAGAGGAUGAGAGGAACACUCUUGGAAUAGCUUCUACUGCAUUUGGCUUAGUGUGUUCAUUGAUAGGAGAAUUAGGUUGCAGACGUAGCAAAGUGAAUCUUUUACGGCUCUACCUGGCUGCAUCUACCCUUGUCAUGCUUCUUUUGGUGUUUUGUGCUGUUAGGAGCAGAUUAACAAUGGAGAUGGAAUCGAUCCAGUCAUGGUCGUUUACUGUCUUAGUUUGUAAACAAAGGGUAAUUGUGGUGGCAAUGGUAUCAUAG